CCAGGGAGGAGUGUCUGACAGUUGGCGCCGCCGGGAGGGAGGGCGGGCGGCGCGAGUGGGCGCGGGCCCGGUGGGCCAGGCUCCAGGGAGCAGCUUCAGGGCCAAGGAGACAAUGGUCUCGGUGACUAUGGCUACUUCCGAGUGGAUCCAGUUCUUUAAGGAAGCUGGCAUUCCUCCAGGACCUGCUGUCAACUACGCCGUGAUGUUUGUGGACAAUAGGAUUCAGAAGAGCAUGCUGCUGGAUCUCAACAAGGAAAUCAUGAAUGAGCUGGGCGUGACCGUGGUGGGCGACAUCAUUGCCAUUCUCAAGCACGCCAAGGUGGUGCACCGCCAGGUGGGGUGCCCUGCCCAGCCCCUCUGGCCCCCCCAGAGUCCAAACGGACUCCCCUUUCCUCCCACAGCCGCCUCCCGAAUGAUCACCAACAGCCUGAACCGCGACUCCCCACCUGGCACGCCCCCCAGGCGGCCAGACACCAGCACGUCCAAGAUCUCAGUCACCGUGUCCAAUAAGAUGGCAGCAAAGAGUGCCAAGGCCGCAGCACUGGCCCGCCGCGAGGAGGAGAGCCUGUCUGUCCCCGCGAAGCGGCGCCGGGUCACCGCUGAGAUGGAGGGGAAAUACAUCAUCAACAUGCCCAAAGGCACCACCCCCCGGACCCGCAAGAUCCUGGAGCAGCAGCAGGCAGCAAAAGGUCUCCACAGGACAUCCGUGUUUGACCGUCUCGGCGCGGAGACCAAGGCAGACACGACGACAGGGAAUAAACCCACAGGAGUCUUUAGUCGCCUGGGGGCCACCCCAGAGAUGGAUGAGGAUCUGGCUUGGGACAGUGACAAUGACAGCAGCAGCUCUGUCUUGCAGUAUGCUGGGGUCCUGAAGAAGCUAGGACGGGCCCCAGCCAAGGCCAGUCCCCAGCCGGCACUGACUGUCAAAGCCAAGGCCACAAGCUCGGCAACGACGGCCACCGCCCCGACACCACGGCGCCUGGCGCUUUCCUCGCGCCCUGGGCUUGAGAGGAAACCGGAGUCCCUGUCCAAAGUCAGCAUCAUCCAGAGACUGGGCAAGGCCGCCCUUGUGCCCGAGGCCCAGGACAGCCAGGUCACGAGCACUAAGAGUAAGUCCUCAGCCGAGGUCAAGGUCACCAUUCAGAGGACUCUGGUGGGGCCCCGGGGGAGCAGCUCCAGCGAGGGCCUUGGUGCCCAGAUGGACCACACGGGCACUGUGAGUGUGUUCAAAAGACUGGGCCGCAGAACCUUCUAGCCCAUGUGUGGGGCGGGGUGCAGGCGGCAGAACCUGCAGGUGCCUGUCCCACCCCCUCUCCAGGCUCCUGGUUCCAUCUCCCCCGCCCCACCAGCUCCUGGAUGACACUGCUGUCUCCUCAGGCAUUCAAGCUGGGCCGGAGCGUUCUGGGGACUCAGCCGUGUUCCCUAGUCUGGCAUGGUUGUGGCCUGGCCUCGCCCGCUCUGGGACUCUCCUUCUCUCACGUCCUCUGUUUUCUCCUCUCCGUGGCCUUGGCAGAACCCACGUUUCUACCUCUCCCCAGUGCCAAGUGCUCUCUUCUCUCCUACAUUUCCCCUUCCUCCCUCAGCGGCGUCUGCUCCCCCAAACCCCAGCUCCUCAGCCUCCCCGUGCCCCUGUCACCCACAGAGUGGGUGUCACCUUGCAGGGCUCCCUUACCCUGCUACCCCACGACUUCCCUCACUCCUCUGUGCCUCCCGCCGUUGCUUUAACCUCUCCCCCGCCCCCAUCUUCACUCUGUUCA